GGUAUCUAUUACAUGUAAUUCAUUAGGGGGCGGUGCUUGAACCUGCUUGGCCCUAUAUAAGCCUGCCUCCUCCGCUCUAAUGACGGCAUUCGAUCCAGUUUUAAGGGCUUCACCGAGUUGGGAAUUAGCUGCAACCGCCGACAUGCCGUCCAAGCCUGCCCCAAUGAAGAAGGCGGCUAACAAAGAGCCAGCCAAGAAGGAGGAGAAGGCUCCAGAGCCGGCUCCUGAGCCCGCUCCUGCCGAGGCCGCCCCGGCCGAAGCCGUCCCAGCCCCCGCCGAGGCAGAAGCUGCACCUGCUGAGGCGGCCCCUGCAGAGGGAGAGGCCCCUGCUGCCCCGCCAGCUGAGGAGCCCAAACCACCCACCCCUCCACCCGCAAACGAGCCCACAAGUGUCCCAUUGGAUCUGUUUAUCGAGGAUAAGAAUGAAACUUCGGUGACUAUCAUUUGGAGCCAGCCAGAGGUCCUCGGACCAUCCGGUCUGGACGGAUACACCAUUGAAGUCUGCAAGGAUGGAACCGAGGACUGGAAAGCAGUCAACGAGGAUCUGCAGAAGUCCUCCCGCUACGUUAUCAAGAACCAGACCACCGGCGACCGUCUGAGGAUCCGCGUGGUGGCUGUGAACGUCGGUGGCCGCAGCCCGCCUGUCACCCUCCCCGAGGCCGUCCAGGUGAAGGAGGUCGCUGAUCGCCCCAAGGUCCGCCUGCCACGUUUCCUCAGGCAGAGAUACGUCGCUCACACUGGAGCCAAGAUCAACCUGACCAUCCCCUUCACAGGCAAACCCAAACCUGUGGUCACCUGGUUAAAGGACGGACAGCCGCUGGACACAAAGAGGGUGAACAUCCGCAGCUCCGACAGAGACAGCAUCGUGUUCAUCCGCACGGCCGAGAGACAAGACUCUGGAGUGUAUGAGAUGUGUGUGAAGGUGGAUGACUUCGAGGACAAGGCUUCGCUCAUCCUGCAAAUUGUUGAGCUGCCGGGGCCUCCCGCCAGUGUGAAGGUUGUGGAUAGCUGGGGCUUCAAUGCUGCUCUGGAAUGGACUCCACCCAAAGACAACGGCAACACAGAAAUCACAGGUUACACAAUCCAGAAGGCCGACAAAAAGACUGGAGACUGGUUCACUGUGUUGGAGCAUUACCACAGACUGAACGCCACCAUCUCUGACCUCAUCAUGGGCAACACCUACAAGUUCAGAGGGUUUUCUGAAAAUAAGUGUGGAACUAGCGAGGACGCUACCAUUGCAAAGGGGGAGGCCAGCAUCUUGAAGACGGGUAUCGACUACAAGCCUCCUGAGUACCAGGAACACGACUUCAGCGAGGCGCCCAAGUUCACCACCAAUCUAAAUGACAGAGCCACCACUGUCGGCUACAGCACCAAGCUGCUGUGCUCCGUCAGGGGAUCCCCAAAACCCAAGGUUAUAUGGAUGAAGAACCAGAUGAUUAUCGGAGACGACCCCAAGUACAGGCAGAUCUGCGUCCAGGGUAUCUGCUCCCUGGAGAUCCGUAAGCCUGGUAACUUUGACGGAGGUGUGUACUCCUGCAAAGCCAAGAACGAUCACGGAGAAGCAACUGUCAGCUGCAAGUUGGAGGUCAAGAAGCCAGCGGCGCCUGCAGGUGCAGAAAAGAAAUAAGUCAACAUUCACAUUCUCACAGGAAGGUGCUGGAUUCCUGGAAGAACAUGUAUAUAUGGCUGGUGACCACACUGCCAAAGGGUUGUUGCCUGUGACCUCUUGCCGAGUGUUACCCUGUGCUAUGAUGAACAAUUGUUGCUUUUUGCCUUUAUCGUUCAGUAGUUUAUUAAGUCCGUAUCCAUGUCCACAAUCAGCCCUUUCCCCAAUGAUACUGUCUACGGUAACUCAAUUAUUGUCAGUCUAACGAGUUGUACGCCAAGACUUCUACAGCAAUUUACUGUUCUUCAGAGGAGAACUACAUGCAACAUCUACGUAUUUAUAUCAAUAAAUAAUUUUAUUUCUGGUUUUGUUUUUUUUCAAUAGUGUGUUCUUCAUAUUGAAAUCUCCAGCAGAAGCUUUGUAAAGGGGACUUUUGUGUGAAAAAGGUUAAAAAUGAUAACUUCAUUUUGUGCUUAACUUGACAUACUUUAUUUUAAAUAUCUCAAUAUCUGCACAGUUUUAAUCAGAAAUUAAUAAAUUAGAGUAAAAAACUACAAUCUUCAAUGUAGUUUAUAUGGAUUUUUUAUUUCAUAGUUUUGGUUUAUUCAGUUUUUUUCAUAUUUAAAUUAGCUGCUGAGUAGCUGAAAGUGUAUGGAUUAAGUAACUCUUUUUUUUUUUAAUAGGUCUGUAAUUUCUGAUAUAUUCCUUAAAAAUCCUUUCCUGGAAAGAACUGUAAUUUGGUGCCAAUUUUGGGGAAAAAACAUGCAAAUAUGUGAACAAAUA